CCACCUACUGGUUGGAGUCUGAACAAAGUGGAAGUGGAAUGUGCCUGCUUGUUUACAUUUCGUUCUGUUUUUACCAUAUAUGUAAAUGUGUAUUUUGCCAGUGAGUUGUACGACCACAGUUGUUGAUUGUGCUUACUUGCGAACAUUCAACAUUGCGCUUUGAAUGUGCGAACAUAUCUUUAGUACGCAUGGCAAUUGGCAUGUUUAUUAGGCAUGUCGGGCACCAUACCAUUUGAAUCAUUGUGGUAGCUUGCCUUGCUGUGUAGCCUACUGUAAUGAGAGUUGAGAGAGAUCCAUUCCACGUUAAACCGACAGAAAUAACUGUAAAUGGACCGUGGAGGAAGAGGACGUGGAGGAAGGGGGAGGCGAGGUAAUCGUGUAGAGGACAAGGAUGUCCGCCUCUCCAAGUCUUUGUCCUUUGCCCUGCGCCAUGGAGCCAAUCAAAUGGGACUUCACAUGAAUCCUGAUGGCUUCCUAUUUGUGGAGGACCUACUGGCUCAUGCACAGUUCCACGCCUUCUCAUUGGAGGAUGUGGAGAGAGUUGUGGCCACCAAUGACAAGCAGCGAUUCAAGCUCCGCCCUCACCCUGAGAACCGACGGCUGCAGAUCCGAGCCAAUCAGGGACACUCUGUGCAGGUGUGUGAUCUGGACCUGAAGGCUGUACAGCCUCGUUCUCCUGAUUGUCCCAGGGAGGGAAUCCAUGGCUCCUAUCUCCGCCUCUGGCCCUCCAUCCGCUCCGAGGGCCUCAGCCGCAUGAACAGAACACACAUACACCUGGCCCUGGGCCUACCGGGGGAGGACGGGGUCAUCAGCGGCAUGAGGAGAGACUGUGACUUGGCCAUAUUCAUUGACGUCCCCAAAGCAUUGUCUGAGGGUAUCCAGUUCUUCUGGUCGGAGAACGGUGUAUUGCUGACACCUGGGGACACUGAGGGGAAACUACUUCCCCGAUACUUCAGCCGUGCCCUAAAACUAAUACCCACACGUGAAUACCUCACCCACGACACACACUCAUGAAGAGAAUGAUGUUAGAUGAGAGGGAAGUGAAUAUUGACAAAUUAUAGAAAUCUUCUGUUUCAGAGAGUAUUCUGCCACUGGAGUAGGUGAAGAUGGUUAUCUGUGCUUUGGAGGUAAAGACUUGGCUGAAUUUGUCACCAGACGGCUGUUGAUUUCCAGUUCUGUCUAGACUGUUUCCAUGGUAUCCAAUACUGUUCGGGACCAGAACCCUGAAGACUCUGGGUGAAUAAGACUGAGACUGAAAACACCCUCAACAACAGCUCUAAUACCAUACAGGACACAGUACAGGCACAGAGACUGACUGGUAUUCCUGAUAAUAUUGUCACAUGACAAAGAUACAGAGGAUGCUAUCAGAUGGGAACCAGCAGGCACAAGCUGUGGGUUUGCCAACGGACAGUCUCAACUGCUCCACAGAGACACACACACUGCCUGCGGCUUCAUGUGCCGUCAGUCACAUUUCAGGAAACUCUGCCACCAUACUCUUAAGGACACAACCAUCAAGCCAAAUGCCUCAUCUGGAAAUUAAAACACCUGUCACUGUUUUAUAUAUGUCAAUAAACAUAUUUAAUUCUGGAUUUCAGAAUUGACAAUUC